AUGGCGCGCCUCCUGCUUCUCGCAGCAAUCACGCUCCUUGCGGCAUCCCCCCUCGCCGCCGAGUAUGCUGAGAACAUGAACUACCAGAGUCCCCUCACGACCCGCCCGGACCUCGCAAGAUCCCCCCCCGACUACGAGGCUUUCAGCAGCGGAAGAAAGCUGCUGCAGGCUGGCCCCGCUAUCGCAUUCAACCACGGGGUUGCGAGCGGAGACCCAGGGAUCGAUAACAGCGUCUCUCCCUUCCAAGCGUCGGUGAUCCUGUGGACCAGAGUUACGCCGGCGAGCGCCCCAUCGGGCCCGAUCACGGUUAAUUACAAGGUUGCCACGGAUGCUGGGAUGACCAAUGUGGUUAUGACUGGGUCAACCUUGACCACCGGUGAUGUGGACUACACUGUGAAGGUGACAGUGAAGGGCUUGACGCUGGGGGGCGUCUUCUACUACUACCAGUUCUCGGAUGCGAGCGGCGGUGUCAGCUCCUUGGUUGGCCGCCUCAAGACCCUGCAGCAGGGUGACGUCAGCAAUGUGCGCUUUGCCGUCGUGUCGUGCUCCAACUUCCCUGCCGGCUAUUUCAACGCGUACCGCAGCAUUGCUGACCAGAACGUGGACCUGGUUCUGCACCUUGGCGAUUACAUCUACGAGUACAAGGACGGAGGUUACGCCACCACGUUUGCUGACACCGUUGACGCCACCCGCAAGCCCGCGCCCGAUGUGGAGAUUGUACAGCUGGUCGACUACAGGAUCCGUCACGCGCAGUACAAGACGGACGAGGGCUCGCUGGCUGCGCAUGCGGCGCACACGUGGGUCACUGUGUGGGACGACCACGAGUUCACCAACAACGCCUGGUUCGGAGGAGCGGAGAACCACCAGCCGGCCACCGAGGGCGACUGGUUCGUGCGCAAGGCCAACGCCCUCCGCGCCUACUUCGAGUGGAUGCCCAUCGCACAGGUCGACCCGAACGACCCUUUCCGCAUCUUCCGGAGCUUCAACUUCGGUAACCUGGUUGACCUAACCAUGCUGGAUACCCGCAUCUACGGCCGCCAGCAGCAGGUCGACGACCCCUUCUUCUACGGUGUGAAUAGCACCGCCAUCCAGGAGCAGGUCCGCACGUCCCCUGGCAGGACCAUCAUGGGCGACACCCAGGAGCAGUAUUUGUACGCGCAGCUGACGUCGUCGCAGGCCAAGUGGCGGGUCAUCGGACAGCAAGUCAUCUUCGGACAGUUCACCUCCGCGGGGCGUGCCGGCGUCCUCCCCCCUUUCGUCUCAUAUGACGCGUGGGACGGUUACGCUGACAACCGCGACCGGAUCCUGGCGCAGCUGCAGUCCGGCAAGAUCAGCAACACCAUCUUCCUGUCAGGAGACCUGCACUCGUCUGUCGCCAAUGAUCUGCCCCGCUUCGCUUACCCCAACAGCUAUUGCGCGACCGUGGAUCCGACCCCGUGCGCUUAUAACGCCACCACCGGCGCGGGAUCCCUCGCCGUCGAGUUCCUGACCACCGCCGUAACGUCACCCUCCGCCCUGGAGAGCCUCUUCGGCCCCGGCCCCGCCGCGGCCGCGGGCGCGGCGCUGCUGACGCCCAUUUUCGCCGCGGACAACCCCGCGCAGCGCUACCUGGAGUGGAACUCCAAGGGCUACCUCCUGCUGGACAUCACGCCCGCGCGCGCACAGGGCUCCUACUGCUACGUCAGCACCAUCACCAGCAAGACGUUCACCACCGACUGCUCCAACGUGGUCACCACUCAGUCAGGCGCUAACCACCUGGUUAGGACCGGGGGAAACAUCCCGGCCCCCCCCCAGGCGCCUGCGCCAGCGCCCGUCGGCACGACGUCAGCGCCCACCGGGACGACGUCAGCGCCCCCCGGCACAACGGCAGCGCCCGGCAGCACAACGUCAGCGCCCGCCGCAACGACGUCAGCGCCCGUCAGUACGACGUCAGCGCCCACUGGGCCGGUGCCAACCUUUGCCGGUGCAGGGCCGACUUGUGACGCGACGUCUUCCAGGCCCAAUCAGUGCUUCAACGCCGACGGCACUUUCUCCAUCUGCUGCCCGGGGAGCUGCCCCGACUCCCCAGGCGCCGAGCCGGUUUGCAAGGCCUGA